AUGUUGUACUGCCAGAUCGAUACAAGAUUGGAGAAAGAUAACUACACGCGGAAAGGGGUGCAGGAACAAGACAACAUGAGUGAUAAAGAGUUUGACUGGGUAUCGAAGUUGAUAGAGCGUAACGUGAAGGCUGUGGGUCAAAAGGUGGAAGGUGGGCACAAGGUGGAAGGUGGUCAAAAGGUGGAAGGUGGGCACAAGGUGGAAGGUGGUCAAAAGGUGGAAGGUGGGCACAAGAUGGAAGGUGGUCAAAAGGUGGAAGGUGGGCACAAGAUGGAAGGUGGUCAAAAGGUGGAAGGUGGGCACAAGAUGGAAGGUGGUCACAAGGUGGAAGGUGGUCAAAAGGUGGAAGGUGGUCAAAAGGUGGAAGGUGGUCACAAGGUGGAAUGUGGUCACAAGGUGGAAGGUGGUCACAAGAUGGAAGGUGGUCACAAGGUGGAAGGUGGUCAAAAGGUGGAAGGUGGUCACAAAAUGGAAGGUGGUCACAAGAUGGAAAGUGGUCACAAGGUGGAAGGUGGUCACAAGAUGGAAGGUGGUCAAAAGGUGGAAGGUGGUCACAAGAUGGAAGGUGGUCACAAUGUGGAAGGUGGUCAAAAGGUGGAAGGUGGUCACAAAAUGGAAGGUGGUCACAAGGUGGAAGGUUGUCACAAGGUGGAAGGUGGUCACAAGGUGGAAGGUGGUCACAAGGUGGAAGGUGGUCAAAAGCAUAAAAUAACAAAUUAA